GUGUGUUUUUUAUUCUUCACAUCUGAAGUCAGGGAAGUUGUGUGAAGGAAUGCAGAAUGGGAAACUGGUUUACAACUGACCAGACUGUGGAUCCAGAAACAUCACAGUACGCUAUAACUCAGAAGGAAACUGGAAACAUGACAGUCACUGCCCAGAGUGGAGGUGUCGUCAACACACCUCAGUUUACCGGUGUUCAUGUGAAAAGGGAUCUAACUCUCAAUGUCAACAACACAUAUGAGAUGUUCCACGUUUCUCUUUCAGUCCAAUCACCUGCCAGGACAGUUGAGACUGACGCUGUUCCUCCCAAAACCAAAGAAAACAUCCAAAGGUGCCAAGCUGAACUAAAAUCUUACCUUCAAAAUAAAACAAAGAAUCUGUUUCAAGGACCGAAAGAGGAUGGAUCAGCAACUCCUUUAAACAAGAUCUAUACGGAGCUUUACAUCACAGAAGGAGGCAAUGGCGAGGUUAAUAGUGAACAUGAAGUGAUUGAAUUAGAAUAUACAAGGUGUACGAGUGAGGAGAGGAAAAUCCACCUUAAUGACAUCUUUGAACCUUUAUCAAAUGAAGAGAACCCUCCCCAGAGAGUCCUGACGAAGGGAAUUGCUGGCAUUGGAAAAACUGUCGCUGUGCAGAAAUUUACUCAUGACUGGGCAGAAGGAACAGCCAAUCAAAACAUCCAGUACAUAUUUCCAUUCACAUUCAGAGACUUGAAUUUAAUAAAAGACAAACGUUUGAGUCUUACUGAGUUGAUAGGUAACUAUUUUGAAGAAGUGAAGGAUUUGGGAAUACUCAACUUCAAAAAUUCUACUGUUUUGUUCAUCUUCGACGGCCUGGACGAAAGCACGUUCCCCCUGGACUCAAAUCAAAUGUGCCGCAGUAUCAUGGAGGCUGCGACACUAGACAUCCUGCUAUCCAACUUAAUCAACGGGAACCUCCUCCACAAAGCCUUGGUCUGGAUCACAGGUAGACCAGCUGCAGCCAGUAAGAUUCCUCCCGAGUUCAUCAACAGAGUCACCGAGGUACAAGGCUUUAAUGAUGAGCAGAAGGAGGAGUACUUUCAAAAGAAAAUUAGUGACAAGGACAUGGCUCAGAAGAUCUUCAGUCAUCUUCAGUCAAAGCCGUUGCGAAGUCUUUACAUCAUGUGCCACAUCCCAGUGUUCUGUUGGAUUGCAGCCACGGCUCUCCAGAGUCUCCUCGCAGACACACACGAAAAUGAGCUGCCCAAGACUGUGACUGAAAUGUACACACACUUCCUGAUCAUCCAGACCAAGCAAAAACAACAGAGGGAUUAUCAGGCAGGUGAAGCAGAAAAAGCUUUGAUCAUGAAAUUGGGAAAGCUGGCAUUUGAACAGCUACAGAAGGGCAACAUCAUCUUCUAUAAAGAAGAUCUGAAAGAUUGUGAAAUUGAUCUGAAACAAGCUGCAGUUUUUUCAGGAGUUUGUACACAGAUCAUAAGAAAAGAAUACGGUCUUCACAGACACGAGUGUUACUCUUUUGUACAUUUAAGUGUUCAGGAGUUUCUUGCAGCUCUGUAUGUAUUGGAGACCUUCAUAGAUAGCGGAGAAAAUCUGCUUCCCAGCCGUAGGAGCGUGACUGUGGCGCCAAAAAACGGAGAAAUUCCUAUCGCCCUUCUCCACAAAAACGCAGUGAAUAAGGCUUUGGACAGCGAUUAUGGACAAUGGGACUUGUUUCUGCGCUUCCUGCUCGGCCUGUCACAGGAUAAAAAUCUGAAACUUCUUCAGCAAGUAUUUGGAUUUAAAAGAAGACGUCUGCAGAGCCACCAGCAGACAAUCAACUACAUUCACAUUAAGAUCAGGAACCUGUCUCGUACCAACCGGAGUAUCAAUCUAUUCCACUGUUUAAAUGAGCUGGGUGACCAGUCUCUGGUAGAGCAAGUCCAAAGGUAUCAGAGGUCAGGAGAUUUUAGUAAAAUUUCCCCUGCACAUUGGUCAGCUCUGGCCUUUUUGCUGCUCGUUUCCAACGAAGACUCGGCCGUCUUUGACCUGAAGAAAUACCACAGAUCAGAUGAAGUCCUGGAGAGGCUGCUGCCAGUGGUCAAAGCGUCAAAGACAUCUUUGUUAAGUGACUGUAACCUCACUGACAGAUGCUGCAAGUAUAUUUCAUCAGUUCUCGGCUUGAAGUCUUCUGGUCUGGAGGAGUUGGAUCUGAGCAGAAAUAAACUGCAGGACUACGGGACGAAGCUGCUCUCUGAUGGCCUACAAAGUCCCAAAUGUAAACUCCAAAGACUCAGACUGGUUGGCUGUAACCUGACGGAGAGAAGCUGUGAAGCUCUGGCCUCAGUUCUCAGCUCCACUUCCUCUAGUCUGAGAGAGCUGGACCUGAGUCACAACGACCUGCAGGAUUCUGGAGUGAAGCUGCUUUCUGCCGGACUGGAGAGUCCUCACUGUUCCCUGGAAACUCUCAGGUUGUCAGGCUGUCAGGUCACAGAGGGAGGCUGCACGUCUCUGGCCGCCGCUCUGAGAUCCAACCCCUCCCACCUGAGAGAGCUGGACCUGAGCUACAAUCAUCCAGGAGACGGAGGAGUGAAGCUGCUGUCUGCUGGGCUGGAGGAUCCACAUUGGAGGCUGGACACUCUCAGACUGGUUGGCUGUAACCUGACGGAGAGAAGCUGUGAAGCUCUGGCCUCAGUUCUCAGCUCUACGUCCUCUAGUCUGAGAGAGCUGGACCUGAGUCACAACGACCUGCAGGAUUCUGGAGUGAAGCUGCUUUCUGCCGGACUGGAGAGUCCUCACUGUAAACUGGAAACUCUCAGGUUGUCAGGCUGUCAGAUCACAGAGGGAGGCUGCACGUCUCUGGCCGCCGCUCUGAGAUCCAACCCCUCCCACCUGAGAGAGCUGGACCUGAGCUACAAUCAUCCAGGAGACAGAGGAGUGAAGCUGCUGUCUGCUGGGCUGGAGGAUCCACAUUGGAGGCUGGACACUCUCAGGGUGGAACACGGUGGGAAGCAGAGGCUGACACCUGGUCUGAGGAAGUAUGCUGAAGAACUCACCCUGGACCCAAACUCAGCACACAGAAACCUCACACUGUCUGACAACAAGAGGAAGGUGACGGUAGUGACGAAGAAGCAGCCAUAUCCUCAUCAUCCAGAGAGGUUUGACCACUGGCAUCAGCUGCUGUGUAGAGAUGGUCUGACCGGGCGCCGUUACUGGGAGGUCGAGUGGGAAGGAGAAGUUCAAAUAGCAGUGAGCUACAGAGGAAUCGUAAGGAAAGGAAAACGUUUUGACAGCAGGUUUGGAGAGACCAACCAGUCCUGGAGCCUGAGCUGCUCGAAACGUGGUUAUUAUGUCAGUCACGAAAAGAACAAAACAGUCCUCCCUCCCUGCUCUGUCUCUAACAGAGUAGCAGUGUAUGUGGACUGUCCUGCCGGCGUUCUGUCCUUCUACAGAGUCUCCUCUGGCACACCGAUCCACCUCCACACCUUCAACGCCACAUUCACUGAACCUGUCUACCCUGGGUUCUGGGUUGAAUCCAGUUCCUCGGUGUCUCUGACUUCACUGUAGGAGUGAGCAUAAGUAGUGUCUCUUUUAAAGUUUCUCAAGGGCUACCUAUCAGUUUGCUGAAAGAAAAAUCGAGAUGUUCUACCCAGUAAUAAUUUCUCUGGUCCUUGAGUUGAUUCUCCAAGGCCCGAAACUCGUAUUGAUAAAGCUUGUUAAAGUCUUGACCCCUAAAUAUUUUUGAUUUAUUUAGGUCCCAUUUCAGAUUAUAUUUUAGGUUUAAUAACUUGUGAUAUUGGCUGCUUGACUACUGUUGCUUCUUACCUAUAUUUAAUUUGUAAUCUGACACAGGACUGCAUUGUGUUGUUUCCUCCAUCACUGCCUCAAAGGUUUGUGGUAUAUUAGUUAAGUAGAGAAUGGGGUCAUCUGCUGUUUGCCCCUUUUCCUGUCCAAGAACCAGUAAUUGUAUGUUAGAACUACGCCUUACUUUCUCCCACAAGGGUUCCACACCAUGUUCCCAGAAAAACUGUUCUGAUUCCUGGGGCUAAGGGGGCAAUUUUUCUUGUGUGGAGAACACUCUUCCAGUGUCUGCUGCCAGUGAGUUAGUUCAGCAUAGUUCAACUUGACAAGAUUCAACGGUUCACUUUAAAAGACGCCAAGAAUCUUCCCCAAGACUCACCGAAACCAAACCACUGAAGUCCUGUGCUGCGAAUGGGACUUCUACUUGUUGGGAUAUGUAAGUUAUGGAUUCACCUCGGCCCACUUGGACCUGGGACAUCUGCAGACAACCAGAGGCGGAGAUAAACAGAGGCCACAGUCAAAAAUGUCUCGCAUGGAUCCAAAGAAGAAAAUCUCAUCUAAACAGAAGAUUCAAUCUACAAAUGUGGUUGUUGUCACAAUCUGCCCCUUUAAUUCUGUUAUGGAGUCUGUGCUUCCUGUUUUGUUACUUCUUACCUGUUGUGUAUUUAUUGUGAGUAUAUUGGUUUCACCUGUCCCCUAUUACCCUUGCGUAUUUAAGUCCCUGUAUUCCGCUCAGUCUUUGUCGUUUCUUCUGUUUUGUUUCCUCUCUGCAUGUUUCUAGUGUUCCUGAUGUGUCUGUGUUCCUGCUUUCCUGUUAUUGUCAUCGGGCAAUGUGCUAAACUGUUUAAAUAGGUACCGUCUCCACCCCAACCAAGAGCACACCAAGUGAAACACCAGCCUCGCUGAUAACCAGCGGUGGUUGAAACUGCGCUUUCUGAAGCGCUGAACUGCUACGAAAGCAGUUCAGUGCUAAAAAUGGUGACAUCUGCAGGCCAAAUCGGGGGUAUUGCAUUUGUAGUUAAAUACAGUGGCCUUUAGUGACUCUGGUACAGGUUCGAUGCAACGAGGACCUCGAUGGUCCCUUGAUUUUUGGCGUCUUGCAACAAUACUUUGAUGAGGCCAAAUUUCUCUAACAAGCCGAGAUCAGAGAUUGUGCACCUGGAUGUGAUGUUUAGUGGAUGCCGCUAAACAUGACACUUCUUCUUAGAUGUACCACUCUUGAAGACAGACACUUUUUGUAUUUUACAAAGUAGAGUGUGUCAUAACGAGCCUCUGGGAUUAGGAAAGACAAAAACAUAGUUGUGUGGGGAACCAGCGAUGACGUCGGCAAAAAUAACACCAAAAAUAUGCCUACCGUAACAGCAGAAAGGCAUUCUGGGUGGACUGGCCAGGUGCAUCCUGUUGCUUGAAUGGGCAAUAUUUGAUACACAUUCCUGCUCAUAUCAUUCUUGAUUUUUUUCAAAACUGUCAUCGAGAUGCUGUUAAGUAGAAACGUCGCGUAAAUUUAGGACUAAAGAGGACAAGACAAGAACGCCUCCACGGUGUCUGCGGGACAUUAGUCAACAGAUGGAAGGGAAAAAAAUGAAGGAAGCACAUUUAUCACACUUUGUUUAAUCAAAAAAAACAAAACGUUGUUCUUAUUAUUU